AUGGAGAUCGAGACUGCAGAUGAAAUUGCUAUUGUGGGAAUAGGAUGCAACUUUCCUGGAGGUGAAGGAAUUGAAAAUUUCUGGAAAGUCCUGGAGGAAGGCAUAAACUGCACAGUAGAUAUCCCCCCUGAGAGAUUCAAUACUGAAGAGUGGUAUGAUCCAGAUGAUAACAAGCCAGGAAAAAUACGUACAACGCGAGCUGCUCUUCUCAAUGAAUUUAAUUCGUUUGACAACCAGCUGUUUGGGAUUAAUGAUAUGGAAGCUGAACGCAUGGAUCCACAACAGAAGUUAUUGGUGGAAUGCACAUACAAAGCCCUGGAGGAUGCAGGAGUCCCCGUAGAAGCUAUCAGUGGCACCAAAACAGGUGUUUUUAUUGGUCUUAUGAAUCGAGACUAUGAACUUGUAACAAGCAAAUCAGUGAAUGAAAUAAAUCAUUACGAUGGUACUGGAGCAGCAAUGAGCAUUGCUGCUAACAGGGUCUCAUUUACAUUUAAUCUGACUGGACCAUCACUGACGAUUGACACUGCAUGUUCAUCUUUUCUUUUUGCUCUGCACUACGCCUUGCAAGCAAUUAAAUCAGGAGAUUGUGAGGCAGCAAUCUGUGCUGGAGUGAACUGCCUAAUAGAACCCAGCACCUUUGUAUCCCUAAGUAAAGCAAAAAUGAUCUCUCCUGAGGGAAUGAGCAAACCCUUCUCCAAAAAGGCAGACGGCUAUGGAAGGGGAGAAGGCUGUGGUGUUGUUUUCCUCAAGCCCCUGAAAAAGGCAAAGGAAGACUACAGCAAAAUCUGGGGUGUUAUCAACAUCAGUGCAGUAAAUCAGAACGGUAGGUCCAUUACUCCGAUCACAAGACCGUCUCGGAUAGAGCAAGAGAAGUUACUGCGCAGCAUUUAUGAAAGUCGUGUGGAUCCCUCAGUUGUGCAGUACAUCGAAGCACACGGCACAGGAACUGCCGCUGGAGAUCCUACUGAAGCUGAAAGCCUAGGUAGUGUCGUUUGUAAAAACAGGUCUUCACAAGUUUCCACUCUGAAAAUAGGUUCAGUGAAAGGAAACAUUGGCCACACAGAAUCAGCUGCUGGAGCAGCAGGGUUAAUCAAAGUGCUUCUGAUGAUGCAUCAUGGAAAGAUUGUUCCCUCCUUGCAUUACUCCAAGGAGAUGAGCAGCAUCGAUACAGAGAGAUUAAAUCUUGCAAUUCCCACAAGCGUAGAGCCCUGGGAAGAAUCCAGGGAGUACGGAAGGGUCGCUGGCAUCAACUGCUUUGGAUUUGGAGGAACCAAUGCUCACGUUGUAGUCAGGCAGAUGAAGCAGGUAGAGUCUCUUCCGGCCUUUAAGAGGCCCCUUGAAUUAGUUCUUCUGUCGGCAGCAUCAAGUAAGUCCCUUCAGAUGACAAUGGCCGACACAGCCGACCAGCUGAGCACAAGAAAGUCUGUCACCCUCCCAAGCCUGGCCUAUACGUCCGCCUGCAGAAGAAGCCACGCCAGCUAUAGGUACCGAAAAGCCUUUGUCACAAAUUCUCUCCAGCACUUGCAGCAAGCGGUUACGUCAGCAGCGAGCACAGAACCUGCCCCGUGGAAGGUGGAACCACAGCUGGUGUUUGUGUUCUGUGGCAACGGCGUCACGCUGAAGGAGUUCAGUGAGGCCCUGCUGAGCUCAGAGCCCGUGUUCAGAGACAAGUGCAAGGAAAUAGAAGCGCUUUUUCAGAAGCACGCUCCCAUCAGCCUCCUGCCACCAAAAGGUCACAGCCCAAAGGAUCUGCUGAAUCCAGAGCUCUCCCAGCCCUUGCUUUUUACCCUGCAGGUUGCCACAGCUUCCCUUCUGAAAUACUGGGGCAUCAAACCAGUCUCUGCUGUUGGCCACUCGGUAGGGGAAAUUGCUGCUGCGCAUUUUGCUGGGUACCUUUCCCUGGCAGAUGCAGUCAAAGUGAUUUAUCACCGGAGCCGGCUGCAGGCAAAGCCUGCCGGAGGCAGAAUGUUGGUGGUUGGCAACAUCCCUGUUCAAGAGAUUGCUGACUGUCUGCCUCGCUACUCAGGAAAGGUGUGCAUCGCAGCCUUCAACAGCCCCGUCUCCUGCACCUUGUCUGGGAAUUCACUUAAAGAUGUGGUGAUAGUGUGUGGCAAUCGACAGUCUGAAUGUAUGCAGAAUAUCACUGGAAUUGAUGAUGAAAAUGUCAGCUUUCAUAUCCUUACAGUUGCCAGCCUUUUCCAGAAGGCAUCUCUAAAGGACUUGCAAAAGACUGUGCAUGCGUGGAUCAACUCCAUGGACAUGAAACGGUUUAGACAACUCUCAGGUUCUGUUUUUCAGCAGACCGAGAACUUUGAAAGGAUUAACUCUGUAACGUCUUAUUUUACCUGCAAAUCUGUCCCACUUGCUGUACUGAGAAUGCAGAGGGACAUCACCAUGCUUUCAGAUAUACCGUUUUAUGAAUCCCAGAAGCAGUUGUUUAAGCAGAAUGGUGUUUAUGUAGUAGUUGGAGGGCUCACUGGACUUGGCUUUGAAACAGUGAAAUUCAUUGCGGAGAAUGGAGGGGGGUGUAUUGCAAUACUCUCCAGGAAAAGUCCAAGCAAAGAGAAGCAAGAUGAGCUGAAGGCUCUGGAGCAGCGGUAUAAGGGGAGCAAAGUAGUGUUUGUGCAGUGUGAUGUGACUUCGACCAGUGAUGCUGAGAAAGCUUUCCGGACCAUUGCAAACAUCUCUGCAGGGAGUCCAGUCAAAGGAGUAUUUCAAAGUGCUGUUGUUUUACACGAUGGCCAUGUUGAAACUCUGACCUUGGCUGACUUUCAGAAAGUGCUGAGCCCCAAAGUAGCAGGGACCCUAAAUCUUCAUUGGGCUACCAGAGGCCAGGAGCUUGACUACUUUGUGUGCUAUUCCUCUGUAACUUCCUUUCUGGGAAAUUCCACCCAGGCAAACUACGCAGCUGCCAACUCUUUCUUGGAUGUCUUCUGCCUCUACAGGAGGAACUGUGGGCUUGCAGGUCAAGCCAUUAACUGGGGUGCACUGAACCUUGGCAUACUGCUCAAUCAAACCCAUAUUCAGAAUGUUCUGGAAUCCAAGGGCAUAGACAUUCUGCAAGUGGAUGAAAUUCAUGACUAUCUCAGGAAGAGCUUACUUCUGAAUAAGCCACAGCAAGCUGUCGUCAAAUUAAACUUUCAGACUUUAUCGACUCAUGUUUUUACUCGGAUUGUUUCACUCAAAAGCCGCUUUGUGUCACUUAUGUCAGAAGAAUUAAGGAGUAAGAUUGAAACCUCUGAGGAAACUCAAGUCCAGGAUACUGCCUUAAUCAAAUCUGAAGACUAUAUCAUCUCACUGGUGAGUGACCUCACCAGGCUGAAGCCAGAUGAACUAACCAUGAAUACGCCGCUUUCAUCAUUGGGCAUGGACUCUAUGUUAGCUAUGACAAUUCAGAACCGUGUCUUUCGAGAGAGAAAGGUGGACAUACCUCUUCUGAAACUGCUUGAUCCUCACACAACUCUGUCAAAUUUAGUGCUAGUUUUAGAAGAAACAAGCAAUGCAAAUGGGACAGUUGUGGAAAAAAAGGCUGUAGAUGGAAGUGCAGAAAAUGGGAGUUGGCUCUAGGACUCUUCUCAUUGAGGAGCUCUGUAACUUUGAAGACACCUGGAUGGACCCUUUGUAGUAUCUCAGAAUACGUCACUGCAGACAGAGCAGAGUAUCUGGGGAGGCUGAAUGUACUCUUCUGCGUCAACCCAGAAAAACCCUCACCAGGUUCUUCCACCAUUGCACUAGCUGGAUUAAUUUUAGUCAAUUGUUUAACUUCUUACAUUCAAUACUUUUACCUU